AUGCAGGGUUGUCCUAGAGCCCCUGUUACAGGCAAGCGAGGUAGUUCAAAGACCAACAUCAUGGUUCUUAUUUCAACCACUACUAUUCUAGCCUGUCUUAGGAAGCACUUCACAACUCCAGCGUUUCCACCAAAGCGCGUGCGAUGUUCACAACCGAAAGUACUAGAACAGAGACGACAAGGCUUAGAACAUUACCUGCAAACAAUGAUGAAGUUUGGACCAAGCCGUGCUAAGAUCAUGAACUUCCUUGGUGUUCCCGAUGAUGGCAAUAGAAGUGAAGCAGCUAAUACAGUGUCUCACAGGCCAGUGUUCAGAGUGUAUUUGAACUCUUGUCUACACCCUUCACACAACAAACUGCCGGAUAUUAUCACUGAAGGGGUCUUAUCAGCUCUUUAUACUCAUUAGUUGAUAUUAUUUACUUUACCUUUAUGUAUUAUUGUUUAUUUUGAUCAUGACUAUCUGUCAUUGUGAUAUUUUUAUUAUUUGUUAUCUACGUAGUAUAUAAUAGUUAUGAAUAAACAUUUUGUACUGA